CUCAGCCCCUCGGGCUCCCCUCGGCUCCCCGACUGCGCUCCAGGCCUCUGGCCACCAUGCUCAGCCUCCUGCACUUUCUCCGGAGCUUCUUCAAGACCCCAGAGGCGGGAGCCCACCUGCCUGGCCAAGAAGAGCCUGAAGAGCCAGAGGUGCUGGCCUGGAGGCAGGAGACCAGCUGCGAUGAUCCCAGAACACACAAGAGCCAACGACCCUCGGACUCAGAAAGUGACUCCUUUGAGAGUGCCUCCGGCGCCGAGUCUCUGCCUGGGGACAGCACGGUGACAGUCGAUCUCGAUCGGCCUCCUGGUGGCUCCUCCGUCGACAGAGAGGUGUGCUGGGGGUGCUGCGACGUGCCGGCAGCCAGACCUCAGCGACAGUGUCCGGCAGGCGUCUCCGAGCUUGAUCCAGCGGGAGCCCUAGGCCAGUCCCCAGACAUCCAGCCUUACGGAAGUGGGGGCCGGGCCUCGGCAACAGCCACGGGAGAAGAGGCAGUGUGCCCCUGGGGUGGCGUGGCAGGCUCCGGGGGCGACGUCAGCAGCCAGAGCCUCCAGCUGGUGGGAGGGGUGUCUGUGCCAGACCCAGGGGGGCUCUGUGUUACGUCCCUCCAGAAGUCCAGCUCUGAGAGCUGCCCGAGGGUACCAGUGGCUCAGCCCUGUUUUCCGUGGUGCCGGGAACUGGGUCGCCAGUGGUUACAUAUUCCCAGCAGAACGGGAAGGCCAGUGCUGCCUUACUGGGGCCGCCCGGACAGCAGAACCCCUCAGGGAGCAAGGACAAAGCAGGAAAUUGGUCCAGGUGUCACAAGGCACACAGACUUGCUCUGGCCUGACCCCUGCAGGCUUCCGUUGGGGACCUCCUGCCUCCUGUGUGCCCCGCACCACCACAGCACCCCUGAAAAUAUUAAUGACAGAGGCAGGGCUUCCUCAGGGCAUCACUGUCAUCACGCAGAGCUGCUGCCCAGGGCCCGCUCCAUAGCAGAGCUCCCCUUAAGAUGCUCUGGCGACACCCCAAGGCAGAACUUUUUGGGGUCUGGGACCCUUGGAAAGGAGGGGACAGAAGCAGAGCAGAAGGUGAGGACACACAGCCCUCUUUGUCUGGCCCCUACUCAGAGGUCUCCUGUGUGUGCUGCCUUUCGGAGGAGCGCCCUGUCUCCACAGCAUCCCUGUAACACACCCUCGGAAACGUCCUGGCCGGCAAACCAGUUGCAGCAAGUUUCAGGGUGCCGGCCAGCCUCUUCACGCCUCACUGAGGAGCUGGUGAGCCCAGACGCCCAGGAAGUACCAGGGCCCAGAGAGUGCAAGUCGGGACACAACCCAGAACGUGGAGCUCAGGAGCCCUGGAGCACCCGGCUGGCACCCCACGCUGUUGAUGGGACUGAUAGGCAGAAGCCUCUUCAGGACUGUUCUGUUGAGGCAGGAAGGCUGCCCCACAACCACACAUCAAAGGGCGCUCCUGGUGGCAGCAGGCAGGGCCCUACGAGUGCUCAGUGCCCACAAGCAAGUGGCUGCAGUGGGUCCCAGGCGGGGGACGGACCCUGCCUGGUUCAGCCGGAAAUGAGGGGGGGUUCAGACGCCCACGGGCCCCCCCAGAAGUCAUGUGCUGCAGACACUUGCCAGGACUGGGGAGAUGGGGUGGUUCUGGGCCUCCAUAGCACCAGAAAUGCCUUGAAGGACUUUCCAGAAGUGACCCUGGCCAUGGUUUCCAGCUGUGGUGGUGGCCAUACCAAGUGUGGCCAGCAGUGUGCAGAGGGGGCUGUGCCUCUCGUGGACGGCCAGCAGAGGGUUUCCUGCUCAGACCCAGCAGGGGAAAGGAGCUCACUCAUCAUCGUCUCUGUGGAGCAGAAAGACCAAAAGGCCUCCAGGAGGAAAGGGGGUGUCCUCCCCACAGCGCAUGCCUGCGCGUGCGUGCAGGAACGGCCCGCGUCCCCCUGCGCAUCUCCUGGGGCUGGGCACCAGCACGUGGGGGGCAGUGAGUGUGCACCGCCGGCCUGCCCAGAACUGGGGGCCGACAACGGGCCCGUCCUGUCUGGUGUGGGCCUCCCGGGAUCAUCGGCUGAGAGCACCCAGGGAGGAGAGCACAGUCCCUCCGAGGGCCCAGUGCCUGGGCCUGCAGCAGAAACAAAGCAGACUGCUGGGACUGCGGGGCCUGAGGGUGCCUGCUGGGGCCUUCACCUUGCUCACAGCUUGGGGGCACAGAGCCCUGAGCAGAGGGUAGGGCAGCCAGGUGUUCAUGAGGUCCUCAAGGGUAGUGAGGACUCAGCUGCAAGGGAGGCCUCAGGGAGUAUCCACAAGGCUGCACUGGAGUCAGGGAGCCCCAAGGCAACUCCCUGGAGGAAGAGCCAGUCCUGCAGUGAGAGCCUGGGAAGGGGCACUGCGGAGCAAGGGCUGGAACAGCUGCAGCCCACCAGCUCCACUGGGCCGGGUGACCUCACCCUGACCCCCCGAGGACUCAGUCCCACCCCGGCCAGUGGGCAGUGGGUAUUCAGUCCAAACGGGACUCCUCCCCCUGUGGUGCAGGGCACAGCGUGGACAGAAGCAGGUGGUGCUAAGGCCCCAGAGGACCCCAGGAGCCUCCCACCCCCCCCAGAUAGCAUCAAUACCAAGCGACUUAGGACCCCCGAGAAAAGGCUCAGGGCCAGGCUGGCCUUAGCCCACAGGACUCUCACAAGCUUCUUCGAAUCAAAGGUUCUGGAUAAAGACAGCACUGGGGACUGUCCUGCAGGUGGUGUCAAGGCCCAGAAGGAGGACAGACCCCGCCAGAGUUCCUGGAGGGCCUUUCUGAAGAGCAGAGACACAGGCAUCCCCAAAAGGCCUUCCCUAGGGAGUCUGGUUCCUGGGCCAGAACUGCGCAGACUGGGGUCUUCCCCAUCGGGGACCAGCAGCCCAGGCAGGGAGCAGGCCCAGGACCAGGAGAGCUAUGUUUUCAAGGACCACUGGGCACCCCCACCUUCCCCAGGGCUGCUGUCAUCCGGCUGUUGGGACCCCGAGGACAAACGGAGAAAAAGCGAGCCCGCUAUCAAAUGUACCAGCUCUGGUGAUGACAACAGCAGAGACCUACCUCCAGGGAUCUUUCCAGAAAAGAGUCCCCCUCCAGCGUCCCCCUCCAGCCAAGGCGCCCAGCAGGGGGGCAUCAGGAGGACCCUCCCGGCCAGCUCUGCCUGCUGCCUGGUGGACGGCAGCCAAGGGAUGCCCUGCAAGCCUCUGAGCCCCAAACCCCUGAGCCCCAGAACUGGGGCUACACUGGCAGACCCCCCCCACUAUGCCAGCAGGGGCAGUGCCAUCUCCAUGGUGUCACUGGGAAGCUACAGUGACACAGAUGGCAGUUCAGAGACCCCUGACAGGUUCAAGGCCUCCAAGGUCCGGGCAAGCCUCCUCCUUUCUCUUCAGACUCUGCCCCAGGACGGGCAGAAGGAAGAUGGGCCGCAGAGGGGGCCGCGUCUCCGUGGCCUGCACACAGCACCCUCACUCAGAGACCUUCCUGGGAGUGAGAACUACGCACCAUGGGAGGAACGGCUGGGUCAGACACCCUCCUGGAUCCACAGUCAGAAAUCCUCCCACGGGAAGCCAGGCCAGAGCCCGCAUCCCUCCACCCACAUGGCCACAUGGCCGCUGCCCUCCAGCUCUCCAGACGGGGCCCCUCUGCCCGCCGCUGCCCAGCCCAGGCAUGCCCCCCGGCGCACCCACUCCAGUUUAGAUGACCUGUGGCUACAGCGGACACAGAGGAGGACAGAGCGGCAGGCCCAGGCUGACCGCGAGACGUGUGCAGGGGUGACACCUACACACAGCGCCCAGUGUUGCAUGGAGAUGGCCAUCACCUCCGCAGCAUCUCUGGCUCUACCGAGAAGCCGCCCGCGAUCCCAGAGCACCCCGGCGGGGCUGAACCGCAUCAGCUGGCAGGAGCGCACACUUGACACCGCCCUUCCUGAUGGAACCCUGGAAACAGCCCUGUGCACCGACGAGACGGGCAGCGUGGAGGACCUGUACGAGGACGCGCACUGCUCUGGCCACCACUACAGCCACCCUGGAGGAGGCGGCGAACAGCUGGCCAUCAACGAGCUCAUCAGCGAUGGCAGCGUGGUCUGCGCCGAAGCCCUCUGGGACCAUGUCACCAUGGAUGACCAGGAGCUGGGCUUCAAAGCCGGGGACGUCAUCGAAGUGAUGGAUGCCACCAACAGAGAGUGGUGGUGGGGCCGCGUCGCAGACGGCCAGGGCUGGUUUCCAGCCAGCUUUGUGCGGCUGCGGGUGAACCAAGAUGAGCCGGUGGAUGAGGAAGCGCUGCGCGUGGGGCUGCAGGGUCCGGAGGCGGGGGACGUGGAGGCUCAGAGCAGCAAGGACCAGAUGCGGACCAAUGUCAUCAAUGAGAUCCUCAGCACCGAGCGCGACUACAUCAAGCACCUGCGGGACAUCUGUGAAGGCUACAUCCGGCAGUGCCGCAGGCGCGCAGACAUGUUCAGCGAGGAGCAGCUCCGCACCAUCUUCGGCAACAUCGAGGACAUCUACCGCUGCCAGCGGGCCUUCGUGCGCGCCCUGGAGCAGAGGUUCAACCGAGAGCAGCCGCAUCUCAGUGAGCUGGGCGCCUGCUUCCUGGAACAUCAAGCCGACUUCCAGAUCUACUCCGAGUACUGCAACAACCACCCCAACGCCUGUGUGGAGCUCUCCCGGCUGGCCAAGCUCAGCAAGUACGUGUACUUCUUCGAGGCCUGCCGGCUGCUGCAGAAGAUGAUUGACAUCUCGCUGGAUGGCUUCCUGCUGACGCCGGUGCAGAAGAUCUGCAAGUACCCGCUGCAGCUGGCAGAGCUGCUGAAGUACACGCACCCCCAGCACAGGGAUUUCAAGGACGUGGAAGCCGCCUUGCACGCCAUGAAGAACGUGGCCCAGCUCAUCAACGAGCGGAAGCGGAGGCUGGAGAACAUCGACAAGAUCGCUCAUUGGCAGAGCUGCAUAGAGGACUGGGAGGGAGAAGAUCUGCUGGUCCGGAGCUCAGAACUCAUCUACGCAGGAGAGCUGACCCGCAUCACACAGCCACAAGCCAAGAGCCAGCAGAGGAUGUCCUUCCUCUUUGACCACCAGCUCAUCUUCUGUAAGAAGGACCUCCUCCGCCGGGAUGUGCUCUACUACAAGGGCCGAGUGGGCAUGGAUGGUCUGGAGGUGGUGGACCUGGAGGAUGGCAAGGACAGAGGCCUUCACGUGAGUGUCAAGAAUGCCUUCCGGCUGCACUGCCGCCCCACUGGGGAGAGCCACCUGCUGUGCGCCAGGAAGCCCGAGCAGAAGCAGCGCUGGCUCAAGGCCUUGGCCAGGGAGCGUGAGCAAGUGCGGCUGGACCAGGAGACAGGCUUCUCCAUCACUGAGCUGCAGCGGAAGCGGGCCAUGCUGAGUGCCAGUAAGCAGGCCGCUGGGAAGCCCAAAGCCCUGGGCCGGCCCUACUACCUGACGCGCCAGCGGCACCCGGCGCUGCCCACGAGCUCGCCCCAGCAGCAGGGCUCGGUGCUGGCAGAGCCCAAGCGGAAGCCGACCACCUUCUGGCACAGCAUCAGCCGGCUGGCGCCCUUUCGCAGUUCCUGCAGGCCCCCAGCGCAUCCCUGGUGGGACUGAGAUUCUGCGCACGCCUGCCCCGGAGCCCGGGCUGUCCCCACCCCACUGCCCCUGAACUCCUGGCUGCUGGUCAUCCUCUUCAUCUGUGUAUGUGUGCGUGCGUGUUCCUAGCAGGAUGAAAACCAAACUCUAGUUGGUUUUGUACAUCCAUCAUGGUUUGUGACCAGUCUACCUGUAGCUGUGAGUGUGUCCAGAUCCUGGCUCUGGGUGUGUUAUUUUUCUAACAGUGGAAAGAAUGGUCAGGGGCCACAGGGAGAUUGCCUUACCCUAAGUGAGCGUGAGAAGCCAUAAGCACUGAAUUCUGUGGCCCAGCAUCCAGGGGGACGCCCCGCCCCCCACUUAGAGGCCACAGGGCAGUGGGUUCAAGGGAAGCUGUGCCCCUUCCAGGAGGGCACUCCGUGUGUGGCCUGAUGUGUGGGUGCAAGCAAGCCGCCCCUCUGGCCCAUAGGAAUUUGGCAUGUACAGUCACUCUUGCACCAAACCUUUCCAAGCCAGAAGCCACAUUUAAUUUCAUAAAGAAAUCUGUGAAAAAAGA